AUGGACGUUGCCGAUCUCUCCCAGCGCAUGCGCCGUUUCUUGCACCUCGGCAGCAGACACUCCUUGGAAGCCUCCUACGAACCGCUGUCUGAUUCCUCUAUUCGCCUACUCACCAUCAAGCCGAGCGCGAAGCGCACAGACAAGAUUGUGUGCGAGCUGCGCACCGUCGCUUUUGAUGACCAUGUCCGCUACCGCGCCCUCUCCUAUGUAUGGGGCGACCCUGAUGAGACGGGCCUCGCCGUCGUCAACGGCAAGUCGUGCAGGUUCACGUUGAACCUGAUCGAGGCUCUGCGCCAAUUGCGGGAAUCCAUGUACGACCACAAGACCCUGGAGGAGCUGCCCCUCUGGGCCGAUGCCGUGUGUAUCAACCAGGGGGACAACGACGACAAGUCAAGAGAGGUGCCGAAGAUGGGUCGAAUCUACGGAAAUGCAGCUGAGGUCAUCAUCUGGCUUGGCCCCAUGGCCGACCCUGACGAAGAGGAUCCGCCAGAAAAGGGCGACAGGCACAACGACGACGUCUUUGCUGAGCUGGUGCCGUACCUGCGGAGCGUCGCCCACGUCGAGGCCAUGACGGCUGACACUGUUGCUGCCAAGCCGUCGGAACACAUUAUGAAGGCCAAUCGCCGCCUCGUCAGGGACCACCUGUACUAUCACAACUGGUUCGACCGGACCUGGGUGAUACAGGAAGCCGUGCUCGCCCACGCGCAACCCCAGGUGCUCUUUGGCCGUCAUGUGUUUGGCAUGGGCGGCUUGGUGGCACUCUGGUUCCUGCUGGACAUUGAGGAGAGUCCGUUCCACUGGGUCUGGGAGGACGUGUACCUGCGGUGGCAGAUGUAUGGACGUGUGUGGUGGGCGCGACAGCAGCGCCAGCUUCGUUUGGCGGCGGCCAAGGCGGCAGCAACGGCAGAGACCGUCGAAUCGGCCGAGAGAAUCGUCGCCACAGAGUUGCUCGAUCUCUUCAUCGCGUUCGGCUCGCUCGAGGCCUCUCUGCCGGCUGAUAAGAUUUAUGCCCUUCUCGCCCUGAUUCCCUACAAAAGCCUGCCACCUCACCUGACGCCCAACUACGAUCUCCCCUUCAGGACCGUGUAUCACGACUACGCCCAGUUUGUGCUGCAGCACACCGGCAACAUCAACAUCAUUGCCUACUUCCCCCCGCUAGGCGGAGACGCGCCCUCCUGGGUUCCCGAUUUCCGUGAGCAGAUCGAGAACGACCGCUCCGGCGACUCCAAGGGUCCCGGCCACGUCGAUAUAUCCCCCGACGGCCUCGAGCUGACGGUCCUUGCGUAUGAUCUCGGCGAGUGCAUCAGCGUCAUGUCCCGUCCGACAGAAGGCGUCGAGUACGGCAUUCGCGGCUACCCGACCCGCUGCCCCGACCUGCGUGACGUCGCGGCGCGGGUCGACCAGGAGAUUGUCACGCGCACAGCCGAACUCCGCGGCGAGGACGUGAACGUCGUCCUCGAGGAGUGGCUCGGACUCCCGACGUCGACGACAGACCCCGACCUGAGGCCCAUGUGGGAGCGCGCGCGGCGCGAGCUCCUGCACAAGCCGGACGGCGUCGGGGAGGAAGACGACGAGCUGCGCUUCUGGCUGAAGCUGGCCACGACGGCGUUCAACUCGUUCGUCACGUCGACGGGUCUGCUGCUCUACUACAGCUACAACAACUGGGGCCGCCUCGAUCCGCCAGCCGUCGGCGACCGCGUCGUGUGGGUGGACGGGAGUCACUUUGCGUUCGUGCUGCGGCCGGUCGAGGGGGGCAAGUUUCGGUUUGUGUGCUGUAGCGAGUACUGCUCGGAUACGCUGGUAGACAAUGCGAUGGAAAGGAGUGGGAUGGAAGAAACGACGCCUUUCACAUUGGUUUAG